UGGCCGCCUCGCGCUGCUCACUGCAAUCUGUGCUGGAGGCCGGAGGAGCGACACCUUCAGUAUUAACCCCAGCCUUCGAAACGCGUAUGAAUAUCGCCACCAAAUAACAGAAAGAACACGAGGAGUGCACUUUUUGACCACGUCAGUGCGGUGGGGGAGGGGAAGUGAAUCUGUCUGGGUGGAGCUUGUAUGAGUAACUGGCCUUUGCUGGUGAACAUGUUCUCCAAGGGCACCAAGCGUAAAUUUUCGGAUGGUGGUGAAGUGAUAUCAGAAAAAAGCCUAGUAGGAGCCAAGGUGGCGUCCUCAUAUAGUUUGCAGCGGCAGUCACUACUGGACAUGUCCCUCAUCAAGCUGCAGUUGUGCCACAUGCUGGUGGAGCCCAACCUCUGCCGCUCUGUUCUAAUUGCCAACACAGUGAGGCAGAUUCAGGAGGAGAUGACCCACGAUGGCAGCUGGCAAUUGGUCACCGAAGCUUUCUGCGGUGCAGGCCAAAGCCCCUCUGAACGCUUAGUGGCCACCGAGGUCCUUUGCAGGACACGGGAGCCAGACGCAGAGCCAAAGCUCUUUUCUGUCAUCACCUACGAAGGUUGCCGUGAAGAGGAGGUGGUAGCUGACGAGACACUUUGCUCCAUUUCAGUUAGCGACACUGUCUCUAACGUGUGUCUGGCAGGAAGUAUGGACCAGUGCUGGGAGAAAGGUGAGCUCAGUGUUGUAGAGAGCGAUGAAGAGGCCCUUGAAGACUCUAGGCUAGGUUCAGAAGAAGAUGAGGAGAUCGAAGAAGUGGAAGACACUUCCAGGCAGGAUCCAAAGACCAGGGGACAAGUUUUUGGGACAUUUGAAAUAAAAAACGGUUCCCCGGGUCCAGAGUCUGCUCUUGAGGAGUUGUUCUCCGAUGUUGAUACCUCCUACUAUGACCUGGACACCAUGCUUACUGGCAUCCAGGGUGCACCCAAGAUGGGCCCUUAUGACCUCCUUGACAGCUUGGCACCUUCACACAGUUCCCCAUCCAUAGUGUCCACCCCAAACUGUCGUUCUGAUCUCAAUGAACUGGAUCACAUCAUGGAAAUCAUUGUGGGUUCUUAGGUUAGAACUUUUUCAGAGACUUACACGCUUGUCUUAAUUUUACAGGCUUGUCUGCCCUCUAUGGAAAGCAAGUUAUAUCUGGAGUCCUUUCACAGAAAAGAAUUGAUGUCUUGUGAAGGAUGGCCUUGAUUUUAUGAGCUGACCAUAGGCAUCUUAUUUGCAUACUCUUUGUAUGUUUUAAUGUUUUUCCUCUAUAUUUGUCUGUCCAGACAUGCUGUUUUGUUUAAUUUAUUUGUUUUACUUAUGACACUACAGAGAGCAGAACAAGAUGUAUACAAAAGUUGUAAAGUGUGGGAUAUUUUCAUAUGGAGACAAACGAUUGUCUAAAUUAUGUACAUAAAUAUAUAUUUUUACAAUAGAUUUUGCUUGUAAUAUGUUACUGUACAUUCUGUACAUGUUCUACAAAUUGAUUUUAACCGGAAAGUUUAGAUUCUUAAGCAGUCUUCCAUUUUUAACAAUCCACAAACUGAAGGAACUUCAUUCAAUGGUCGAAUUUAAAAAAGGCAUCAAGUAUUUAAAUAAUGAUGCAUGUUUUAAAUUAACAUGCUCAUUUGCACAAAGUAUUUUUUUGUGUUUUUGUUUUUUUUGCUAAUGGUUUGAUUGCAGUUGGUUGUCAAUCCGCUCGGCCAUAGGUUUUGUUUGUUGUUUGACGUCAAUGUUUGUCUUAUCAACAAAUGAAGAAUAAUGGGGCCAGCCCAUUCUAUAUUGUGACUUAAUUUAUUUAAUUUAUUUACAGCAAAUGGUGAGUGUUGGCUGUGGUCAAUCUGCGGGUGGGUUUUUAACUUUUGAGGACUUAAUGGGCCUGAUUCACCAAAACCUUUUGCUCAAACAAAACCUGGGUUGUAUGGGAAGCCGUCACAGAAUUAGUGUUUGGUCAGUUCAUUUGCACCAAUUAUUGGUUUUGAAAGAGUUAAUUGUUUUAAUAUAGGCAAACAGUUUGCGUAUAUCUGUCUCUUAGUCCUUUGGACCCCUCAUAAUGAGAAAGCAUUUGUCAAGUUCUAUGCAUUGGGUGUUGUAACACUUUCUAUGCAUGGUGUUUCAAGAUGCAUUUAGUACAUUAUUCAUUUUUUAUAUAUUACUUCAGAAUGAGUCAACAAGAGAUUGUAUUUUACCUCACAGUUUCCCCCAUGUUACAUAAUUAUUAUUUUUUUCUAAAAGUAUAUUUUGCAUAAACUAUGUUUGUGCAAAUCGUUGCUUAUUACACAUGGAUAAUUAUGUUUUCAUUUUCAUUGUCUCACACUUAAAUUCCAAGAGAAGAAAUGUUUUUAUUGUUUGAUCUUAAACUAGUAUAGAGUAUAAACAUUUUAUAUGAGCAUUGUAGCUUUUU